ACUGUAGUAGCCUUUGCGCUCUCCUGCACACUCAGAGAUUUUUCUCGAUCGGAUCUAUACGCCAUGGAAGAUGAGAAGAAGACAGAAUCAACGACUAAGAACGUUAAGAAGGCUAACCUGUUAGAUCACAACUCCGUCAAACACAUCCUCGACGAAUCAGUCUCCGAUAUCGUUACGAGCCGAGGCUACAAGGAGGAUGUGAGGCUAAGCAACGUAAAAUUGCUCUUAGGGGUGAUUAUUAUCGUGGUCGCUCUCGUUGCCCAAUUCUACAAUAAGAAGUUCCCUGAGAACAGAGACAUUUUGAUUUGCUGCAUCGGAUUAUAUCCUUUUUCAAAUUCGCUUGAUUCUCAUAGGAUUAAGAUUAAAUUGAAGAUAAUGGAAAUUGGGAAAAUAUGUUGGAUAUGUUUGGUUCUUGACUCUGGCAAGUAUGUGGUGUUGACUGCGGUAAUGCAGCUGAUUAUGUACGUUAAGGAGAAGAAUGCGAUUUUGUUCACCUAUCCUCUUGAGGGAUCAUUCACCAGCACUGGUUUGGUGGUAUCUUCCAAGUUGCCUAGAUUCUCUGAUCAGUACACUCUCACCAUCGAAAGUGCUGAUCCAAAAUCAAUCUCUGCUGAAAAGUCAGUCCAGCUCACCAAAAGUGUAACUCAAUGGUUCACUAAAGAUGGAGUUCUUGUUGAGGGUCUAUUCUGGAAAGAUGUUGAAGCCCUAAUCAAGGAUUAUGCAGGAGCAGGUGAACCAAAGAAGAGGAGGUGA